AUGCGUCGACCCGAAACCUUGAAGAUAGAUAUCUCAAGGUACAAGGGAGCCGAUGAAGACUCUGUUUUGAGAUGGUUCGUUGAGUUAGACGAUGCCAUCAGGGCCCGUCACAUCGAGGGUGACGAGAUACAAGUCACCUUCGCCCUGUCAAAUUUGACGGGACAAGCAAAGACUUGGGCCUUAGGGCUCAAACUUCACGAACCAAACGUGUCUGAGUCGUUGGAGAUCUUAAAGGCUCGGCUCAAAGAGACUAUUGAGCCGCCGAGAGCUGAGUCCAGAGCACGCUCUGCACUGUUGAGGCUCAAGCAAGGUAAGCGUGACGUGCACGCUUACGCACAGCACCUACGCUACCUUGCAAUUAGCGUUACGGAGAACCCUGCUGAUGAGCCCACGCUCAUCAACGUGUUCAUCUACGGUCUUGUAGAUGGACCGCUGAAGACCUACAUGUUCCGGGAGGACUUCCAUACGCUGGAAAAGGCGAUAGCGUAUGCAGAACAAGAAGACUUCAGCCUGAGACAGUCUGAGGCGAACUCGUCAAACUAUCGUCCUAGAGACGACAAGAAACAGGAGGUCCGAACAAAUGGACAUCUUUUGCAUCAAGAGCGUGAACUCUCGCUCUCUGAGUCACAAGCGAACGGCAAGAUGCCAUCGCUGUCAGAAGAUUGGACACUAUGGUAA